GAAACAGUGGCAGCAUGGCUUCCAGCGCUAAAAGGAGGGCGUUGGAAUCAGACCAGCCAUCGGACGAUGUUGAAGAUGACAUGGAGGGAGACGAUUCGGGGGAAGACUCCGAUGAUAUCGAGGACGAUGAGUCAGAGGAGGAUGAGGCGAUACACCAGGAAGUGAAUGUGGAGUUUGAAGCCCACGCAAUCUCUGACCGUGAACAUGAUGGCAUCAAGAAGCUACUAAAGCAGCUCUUCCUGAAAGCCCACGUGGAUAUCUCGGCGUUGGCAGAUCUCUUGAUUCAGCAGAAUCACAUUGGAAGCGUCAUUAAGCAAGCUGAAGGUCAGGAGGAAAGUGAUGAUGAUGACGAUGACCACGUGUUUGGCUUUAUAAGCCUUUUGAACCUAACAGAGAGAAAGGGUACCCCAUGUGCUGAAGAAAUCAAAGAGCUGAUUUUGAGUAACUGCGAGAAGAAUUGCGAGCAGAGCAUGGUGGAACAGUUUGAGAAGGCCCUGAAUGACAUCAGCAAGCCAGUUGGUCUGCUCCUAAGCGAAAGAUUCAUUAACGUUCCAGCGCAAAUUGCCCUGCCGUUGCACCAGCAGCUUCAGAAGGAAUUGGCAGAAGCCCAACGGACCAACAAACCGUGCGGGAGGUGCUAUUACUAUCUCAUUUUAAGUAAAACCUUUGUGGAAGUUGCAAAGAAAGCCAAAGGAAGGACGGGAUCUUCGCCAAAGAAUGAUCUAAUGUUUGCAAAUGCAGAAGAAGAAUUUUUCUACGAGGAAGCUCUUCUGAAGUUCAGCUACUCUGUGCAGGAGGAGAGCGACACGCAGCUGGGAGGACGAUGGUCUUUUGAUGAUGUGCCUAUGAAACCCUUAAGAACCGUGAUGUUGGUUCCGGCAAACAGAAUGAAUUCAAUCAUGGAAAAAUUCAAAGAAUAUUUAGCAGUGUGAAUGGUUUCCUAGUCCCCAAAAAAAGGUUUUAUACACUUGUAUGUAUUGCAUUGACAAACCACUGGCUUUUUAUAUUCUGCUGUGUAAAACCUUAUUCAUGUAUCUUGUAGAAUCUUUUGCAUCUUAUAAUGGGAGAAAAAAAAACCAUGAAUAUCAAAAACCCUUCAAAACAGCUUGUAAAACAUGUCCGAAGCCAUCUAGAGAAAAAACACAAAAUAAACAGACUUUAUUUUUAAUUAUUUUAACAGCCAUUGACAACACAAUUACCUAUACAAAAAGCAGUAGAAAUGUGUGUAACAUCUGUCUGUUUUCUCUGAUGAUGCACAUGAUCUGAUAUUCACAGCUUAUUAAAGUCCUCCUGGUCCUGGAACACAUAUUGCA